GGGAUGGAGGCGCAGCGCGCUGCCGGCCGGGACAGCGCCGAGGGAGGAAGAGGAGGAGCGGGUGACUUCGUGUCGGCCCUUCCUCCCGAGAUCAGCUCCCGCAUUUUCAGCGGGCUGGAUGUGGAGAGCUUGUGCCACGCGUCCGUGACGUGCAAGGGCUGGCACCGCGUCAUCGAGAGCAGCGAGCGGCUGUGGCGGCACCACUGCCUGGCCGUGCGCGCCGUCUGCCAGCGGGAGAUCGACUGCGACCGCGGGAACGGCUAUUCCUGGAAGAUUACAUUGUUGAGAAACUACUGGAAGAGCAAAGUGAAGCAAGAAUGGCUUAGUGGGAAAUACAGCAACAUUCCUUCACAAUUCAGCUUGCCAGAGAGAAGCAUGUAUCCAAUGGAUGUUGACACAUGGGGAGAAAUCUUGGAAGCAGAACUCGAGAGAUGAGAAACCAGUGCUGAUUCUUGCAACUCAAAACAACUUCUGCCAAUAGCACACGCACUGUUUGGCUGUUGCGAAACUGAUUUUGAAUGAUUUUUUGGACUGAUCGUGAAUUUAUGAUGAAAGCCUCUCAAAAAAUUGUGUCUUUCUUUAA